GGGGGGCGCGCUGGGAAAUGCAGCGGCGGAGCAGCAGGUGGUGCUGCCGCUCAGCCGCAGGAGCGAGCGCGGGGGUCCGCAGCCGCCAUUAGACAAUAGGAGCGGCGGCGGCAGCAGCGGACGAGGGAAGCGCGGGCGAGGCCCGGGGAAACGGCGCCGCUUUGCCCUUCCCGUCCUUCCGGCCUUUGCAAAGAAGGGAAAAGCCCGGCCAGGCCCUCAAAGCAGCAGCCGGGGCCUCCCCGCUUUUGCAAUCACCGCCCGCCGCUGCUUUCUCCCGGCCGGGAUUCCGUGGGAGGAGGCGGCAGCAGCUCCGGCUCUCGGCGGGAUUUAGCCCCACAAAGGCCACUCGGGUGCGAAGUCCGCCUCCUGCGCUUCCUCGGCCGCCUUUGCCCGCUCGGGGGGAGGAGGGGGGCGGCUUGCAGGCGGGUGCAGCGGCCGGCUGCCUGCCUCCGGCUCGGCUGCCCGAUUGGCAUGAUGUUUCCGCAAAGCCGGCACUCGGCCUCUUCUCAUCUGCCUCAGCAGUUGAAGUUCACAACUUCCGAUUCCUGCGACCGGAUUAAAGAUGAAUUCCAGUUGCUCCAGGCCCAGUAUCACAGCCUGAAGUUGGAAUGCGACAAGCUGGCCAGCGAAAAGUCGGAGAUGCAGCGCCAUUACGUGAUGUAUUACGAGAUGUCCUAUGGCCUCAACAUCGAAAUGCAUAAGCAGGCUGAAAUUGUCAAGCGGUUGAAUGGCAUUUGCGCCCAGGUUUUGCCCUAUCUGUCGCAAGAGCACCAACAGCAGGUCCUGGGAGCCAUUGAGCGGGCCAAGCAAGUGACAGCCCCCGAACUGAAUUCCAUCAUCCGGCAGCAACUCCAAGCCCACCAGCUCUCUCAGCUGCAGGCACUGGCCUUGCCCCUCACCCCGCUCUCCGUGGGCCUGCAGGCCCCCUCCCUGCCCGCCGUGAGCGCCAGCACCGGCCUGCUCUCCCUCUCGGCGCUGGGCUCCCAGGCCCACCUCUGCAAGGAAGACAAGAACGGUCACGACGGAGACGCCCACCAAGAAGAUGACGGGGAAAAAUCCGACUAGGUGGAUCUCGGGUUGGGGGGGGGGGUGCAGCGGGAGGCGAUCCUGGCGGUGGGGGCAGAAGAUGCCGCAUUUAAUCCAAUUCCGGGGCUGGCAGGCAAACCAUGGUUCUUCAGUGGGGCACGAGGAGCGAGACAAAAUUGCAGCAAUAACAUUUUAGCCCCCUCUCUUUUCCUGCCCUUCCUUCAUUCCAGCUCGAUAGCAGGCAGGAACGGUUUUCCCCAAGCAAUUGGGGGCCUUUUGCAUGCAUGUUGGGGAGGGGGGGUUAGGUGAGGAAGGGGUUUGACCUCCCCCGCCCUUUUCUAUCUCCCCUCUUCCCUUUAAAUUAAUUCCAAAGGGUUAAGCCAGCAUCAGAAUAUCCACGAUGCAUUGUUAAACUGGGUUCCUCCCCUCCAUGCAUCCAUCCUUCCAUCCUUUCCCAGGCUUUUUUUUUGCGAUUGCUUGGCCCUGUCGCACAAAAAACUAACAAAUUGGGUUAGUUAUCCAAGGGGGGGAAGAAAGGAUGUGGGUUUGCCCGAUCCUAGAUUUGUGGGAAAACCAGAGAUCCUGGAAAAUCCCCAUCCCAUCCAACAGCUGGAAAGUUUUCAUCCACAGCUGGGGAGGACCAGUCACUGGCACCCUCCCAGCUGCUUUAAAACGGGUGGACUUCGACUCCCAGAAUCCCCCAUUUGACUCAAUUGUGACCCCUUAGGUGGGUAGUGUGGAGGUUAAGAUGGUUGUGUACAGGUUUUCGUCGACUGAUGGAUCCAAUUUCCCUUUGCUAAGUGACUCGCGCCUGAUGAACUGUUUUGCCCCGCGGCUGCUAAUCCAAUCACCGCUGGAGGGGGGGGAAUGCUGGGAGUUGAAGUCCGCACGUCUUAAAAUGGCUGCCGUUGAAAAACAGCGCCAAGAAAACCAUAAUUCUGACCUUCCCCGUCUGAUUUCAGCUCCCUAGCACGGCGGCACCACAGUUUUGUGCUCAUGGAGGGCAGCCCUCUCCCAAUGGGCAAGGCCAGACCCCAUUGGUAGAGGGCACUCCGACAGAGCGAGGUACAAAAUGGGUUGGCAAACUUUCUGAUACCUGCCAACCUCUUAAAAAUGCCCCCCAAAAAGAGAGAAAUGGCUGAAAUGCAAAGAACAAAUCCCCCCGCCCCCACAUUUCCGUUCCCCAAUCUUCAGGUAGUCCUCGAAUUACAACAGUUCAUUUAGUGACCGUUUGAAGGUAUAGCAGCAUUGGAAAAAAGUGGCUUAUGGCCAUUUUUCACAGUUAACAACCGCUGCGGCAUCUCCAACGUCACGUGAUGAAAAUUUAGGCGCUUGACAACUGGUUCGUAUUUCUGACAGUUGCAGUGUGGCUAGGAAAGGUCGUAAAAUGGGGCAGGCCUCAU